CCGCACACACCCACGCAUCUCCACAACGGUGGAUGGAAGUGACAGAUGAGAGACGAGGGGGGGGGAAUAACAGGCUGCUGCUCCACAUGGAGUCAAGUAAAAGGCAAAGAAGGAUAAAUACGAAGGCUCGCCACCACCGCCGCCGCGAUGGACCGCUUUAAGAGGAACCAAACCGGAUAAUAUUUCAUGCAUCAAGAGGGUGAAUUCCUGCAUGUCGUUAGCUCCAAUAAUAACAUAACGCUGUAAUGUGGAUUGGCUAGUGCAUGAAGAUACUGUAACUGAUCAAGCUGAGCUUCAAAUGGUUAAAGCAUGAUUGGCACCCGUCACUUCCAACUAACUCACCGGCGUCUGCCAGUCAACAUCAACAAAUGACACAGUGCAUGAGCUUGGCUGAUGUGCCCGCAAUGCCUGACUCGGGUUGAGACAGAGUUUUCGGUGAUGUAUGGCUGGAAGUAAAGGGAAGAAACGGCUUGGACGGGAAGGGAUGACUUUGAUACGUGUGCCGGGCGUGUUGUGCAUCACCACCGUGCAGAUCAACCAACCCAAAUAACACAGGUCUCCUUAAGCGUAUCUUCCGUGGCCAAACUCGGCCCCCGCCUCACCUGAAAACUGCAGGCCCCGUCACCUUCCGCCAUGACGGUUGCUACCAACGACCCGACAGACGAAGCGGCGGCGCAUCCGGGUCAGCCUCAUGACCACUACGACCCAGAACCGGAUCACGAGUGCUGCGAGAGGGUCGUCAUCAACAUCUCAGGCUUACGCUUUGAGACUCAGCUCAAGACUUUGUCCCAGUUUCCGGAGACGCUUCUCGGCGACCCCAAAAAACGAAUGAGAUACUUUGAUCCUCUUCGGAAUGAAUAUUUUUUCGACCGUAAUCGGCCGAGUUUUGACGCGAUUCUUUAUUACUACCAAUCAGGAGGGCGGCUGCGGCGGCCUGUUAACGUUACGCUAGAUAUUUUUUCCGAAGAGAUACGUUUCUAUGAGCUGGGUGAGGAAGCUAUGGAAAUCUUCCGGGAGGAUGAAGGAUUCAUCAAGGAAGAGGAGCGUCCAUUGCCGGAAAAUGAGUUCCAAAGACAAGUCUGGCUGCUCUUUGAGUACCCAGAAAGCUCAGGUCCGGCUCGCAUCAUCGCUAUCAUCUCCGUCAUGGUGAUCCUUAUCUCCAUCGUUAGCUUCUGUCUGGAGACACUGCCGAUUUUCCGAAACGAAGACGAGGAAAUGUACAAUUAUCCCUUCCAAAGCCUUUCCAAUGUCACCGCAACUUACGAUACAUCGUCAUACUUCACCGACCCUUUCUUCAUCGUGGAGACGCUUUGUAUCAUCUGGUUCUCCUUUGAGUUCCUCGUCAGGUUCUUCGCAUGUCCGAGUAAAGCUGGAUUUUUUGGUAACAUCAUGAACAUCAUCGAUAUCGUGGCAAUCAUUCCCUACUUCAUUACACUCGGAACAGAGUUAGCAGAACGGCCGGAGGACAGAGAGGCGGGACAGCAGGCGAUGUCCUUAGCGAUUCUCCGCGUCAUUCGUCUCGUCAGAGUGUUUCGCAUUUUCAAACUCUCCCGUCACUCCAAAGGACUUCAGAUCUUGGGUCAGACUCUGAAGGCCAGCAUGCGAGAACUCGGACUCCUUAUUUUUUUCCUUUUUAUCGGCGUCAUUCUCUUUUCCAGCGCUGUUUACUUUGCCGAGGCGGAUGAGCCCGAAUCCCAGUUCAGCAGCAUCCCGGAGGCAUUUUGGUGGGCGGUGGUUUCUAUGACGACCGUCGGAUACGGCGACAUGGUACCGACGACCAUCGGAGGGAAGAUCGUGGGGUCUCUUUGCGCCAUCGCCGGCGUGUUGACCAUAGCGCUACCGGUUCCGGUCAUCGUGUCCAAUUUCAACUACUUCUACCACAGAGAGACGGAAGGCGAAGAACAGGCGCAGUAUUUAAAUAUCCCCAGCGUGCCUAAGACCAGCUCUGCUGACGACCUGAAGAAAAGCGGCCGCAGCGGCAGCGGCAGCGGCUCGACUCUCAGUAAGUCGGAUUACGUGGAGAUUCAGGAGGCUGCCAACCACAGCACUGAGGACUUCAGACCGGAGGGCACGAAAACAGGAAACUGUACUCUAGCCAACACCAACUACGUCAACAUCACUAAGAUGCGUACGGACGUAUAAUCCCAUCUACGAUGAUUCCGGCAUCUGCAGAGACUGGAACGGGAAAAUCAAAGCUUGGACUGUGAUGGCCGAUAUUUUGGACUCCGGUGUGGGAGUCCAGAGUCGGUGAAAGUCCUCACAUCUGAGAGAACUGGACAUCAUACAACUGCAAGCUGUCAUAUUUGGGACAUUUGUAGCUUCUGCAUGGAGUUAGUCUUACGUGACGGUAGUGGUCCAGCUCGCUAAUGUAGCCAAAUAGUAGCCUAAGAAGUAAUACUCGUUAUUUAAAGCUUAAUGGGACCACCUGUUGCUACCUUAUAGUACCGACUGCGAUCCGAAGACCACGCACAAUACGACAAUAAUGUGUAUUUUAAAAUGUAAGUCUGACGGUAAAAUGUGUUGCUCUAACUGCCAAGGCCCAGGCCGUCCCGUCCACAGCAAAAGACACUAGCCACGUAUACAUGGACCCAAAUAGUCCAAUUCCAAUCGGUUUAUUUGCUCGAAUGGAAAGAAUUUAACUUUUGUAAACACUUCAUUCCAGGCGGCACGGCGGUCGAGUGGUUAGCGCGGAGACCUCACAGCUAGGAGACCAGGGUUCGAUUCCACCCUCGGCCAUACCUCUGUGUGGAGUUUGCGUGGGUUUUCUCCGGGUACUCCGGUUUCCUCCCACAUUCCAAAAACAUGCUAGGUUAAUUAGAGACUCCAAAUUGUCCAUAGGUAUGAAUGUGAGUGUGAAUGGUUGUUUGUCUAUAUGUGCACUGUGAUUGGCUGGCCCCCGCCUCUCGCCCAAAGACAGCUGGGAUAGGCUCCAGCACCCCCGAAGCACCCCCCGAGCAUCUACCGAAAAAGUGUUCGAAAAUGAAUGAAUGAAUGAAUACACCUCAUUCCCAAAAAAAAGUGCCAAUCCGAAUGAACAUAUAAUCAGAUUCCCAGGGGUGGAAUAUUCCUUUCCCAAAUCCGAUUGAGGUACAGUAAACCUCGGAUAUAUCGGAUUCAAAUGUUCCCACUGGUUUUGUCCGAUAUAAGCGAAAUCCGUUAUAUGCGUAUACCGGAAAAUGUCCGUUUUACGCAUAUAUCGGAUUUAUAUCCGGUAUAUGCGUAAAUCGGAUUUUAUCCGUUAUAAAAAGGCACUUCCUUGACUAUGUUUCCAAUGUACCUGGACGCGCAGGCAACGCUGCAAACGCUGCAAAUGACGUCGUAUAGCGGCCUGUCACGAUUCGGCGAAUCGGAGCGCCACGAUGCGGCCAUCCGAUAUAUGCGAGGGAAAUUUCAUGGAAAUGCAUUGGAACGGGACUGGAGAUUUUGUCCGAAAUAGGCGAAAUCCGUUAUAAAAAAAUCCGAUAUAUGCAAUGAAUUUUUAUUGGAAAUGCAUUACAGAAAAAUCGGUUCUUUUUUAUCUGUCCGUUGUGAGCGAAUUUCCGAUAUAUCCGAGUCCGAUAUAUCCGAGGUUUACUGUACCUUGUACCCGCUCAAACGGAAGUUUUUCUUCGUCGUUGGCGAACCAGCUUUCGGUGUGCAUUAGCGCCAUCUGUGGAACCGAAUCUAAACCCUUCUAUACUUUAUUCACAAGUCCAGUUUUUCUUUAAAAUUAAAAUAUAUAUCUAUAUAAAACAUGUUCCGAGUUUAAUUAUAAAAUAUUAGCAAGAUUGAAUUUGAGUUUUUAAUGUUGAAAUUUAUUUUGGGUGUGUUCUUUCAGCACAUGCUGAACACGAAGCUCCAGACGUUCUUCCGUUUUAAAAACGGAGGCGAGCAAUCGGCACUGGAAUGUUGCGAAAAGUUUGUUUUUGAUCCAAAUUAAAUUUCAAAACUCGACAAACAAUAAAAGUCGCAAUACGGAUUUAUUCCAACAAGUCAAAGAACAACUCCGGGAAGUCGGUAUCACGUGAUGUUGAUGUUUACGUUUUACUGCGUAUAUCCCAUUGACUAUUCCGUUUGAUUAUAGCACCGCAUGUAGACAAGAGAUUGGAAUAUUCCUUUCCAUGUAUACCGUGUUUUCGGAAAGGUCAUUCGGAAAGAUUCCAUUCGGAAACAGGAAACGUGUAAACGUGGUUAGUGAUGCUAAUACCCAUCUGCUAAGAUGGUCAUUUAAUGCUCCCUCUGUAAAAAGAAUUGGUCCCUUAGGAACCUAAGUGCACUAGCAUCUUCGUGGUAUCCGUAUUGAACAUCACACGGACCACGAUAAAGUGCUGUAUCCGGACCACAAAAAUGCACUACUUUGUAAUCCAUCUAAUACCGAACUUUUAUUUCCUCGAGAAGCAUUUGCGGAUAUACACACGAGGUACACACCGUCAAGUGUUUUCUGAGAGUGAAUGUCUCGUUUUUCUAGUGUCAAUCUCAGCUUCAUUUAGUCGUCGGCGAAUAAAGAAGAUAAGUAAUCAAGGUAGUGUUCUACGUUAGUGCCUACAGCAUUUGUUUGUAAUUUUAUUUCGCGCUGCCUUCAAGUGUCUCUUUAACUGCCAGCCGGCCUAACAGGAAGUGGAAUACUAUUGAAUUCGACGCCACUGCCCGACGUAAACAAUACUGUCCUCAACUUCAUAGCAUUCCAUCGUUGUAGCCAGGGACGACACGUGAUAUGUAAAAUUCCGUCAUUUGUAUGUAACACGUAUGACAGCAAGGGUGACUUAUUUACUUAAAAUGUACAGCUAAUUAAUGAUUUUAGUGUAUUAAACCCUACCGACCCAAGAAAGCAUGAGAAAUAUAUAAAUCAUAGCUUUGUCGUGGUGCGCUUUAGCAUUAAAUCUUUGCUGUUAUUCAUAAAAACAUGAUAGCAAAAAAAACCAAAGAAAAACACUUAAUUAGCAUCUUGGGUCGUUAAAAAAACACAAAAAAACAGGCAUGCUUAGCCUUUAUAAGUAAAUUUAUGAACUUCAAACAAUCAUUCCAAUUGUACCCAAAAGGUACUACGGACCUUUGGGUUAUAUUCUUCAUCAGCAUUUAUCAAACUAUGCUAUCCCGCUCUUGUAGUCCUGCAUGUAUUUGGAAGUAAUCAUUAUCAUUGUAGCAUGCAGUAGUAUGAAUAAUACUAGCAAAACUGACUCAAAUACUGUAUACUCCAUGGUAUUUAUAUUUGCACUGCAGGUAUUAUAACAGUAUGCGGGAAACGGGAAAAACAUGGGUGUGAUGCUUUGUAUUCGGUUGCUACUAUGUCAAGAUGGUUUCUUACUUUGUCAAUGACGUUUUGUCUUCAGCCAAGUGUAUGUCAAUCGACUCCGAGAGCUCAAAUUCAACCAAUUAGAAGCACACAAGUUGUUGUUGAUUCGCCAAUUUCUGUGCUUUCCGUGUUUCCAAUACACUGUGUACUUAUCUCGAGUGUGUAUUCACAUCUUAGCGUGUAUACUAGCGCAAUAAAAUGAAGGGAUUCUAACAUGAGAUCAGAUGUGUUGUACAUGCAAGUGCUGAAAGCUAAGCCGCAUCACCAGUCGAAGCCAGGAAUUAAAUCAAUGAAAAGUUCGAUAAAAACUGCCGAUAUACUUCCUGAUGUGUAUUUUCUAUGUGUACUUGUGUGUACUGAAAUUAUUACAUAUAUAGUCGCUGUGAAUUUGAAUUCGGGAUCUGUAUCCUAAAAGUCCUUAUCGACAAGACUGAUCAGGGUAAACAUAAGACCAUGUGACACAACCAGGAAGUGUGAGGAAAGCUAGCCUAGAUCGGAAUUCACCAGUCCGAUUCCUACAAACGUCCGGUCUUCGUAGACCGCGUAGGCUACUGGCCUCGUAGGAUGCAGAACCCGAAUUCAAACAGAGCCAGUAUGAACCCAGAUCAGGUUCAUCAGGACAUCAGUCAAGACCAUGAGCGCACAUAAAGUAGCCAAGUACACAUUGUAUCGUCCUAGCAUCUCCGUUUUACAUGCAAGGGGGACCUAUUAUGCUAAUUUUUUUGACCCUUUGUAUUGAGUUGUGGACUCCUAUAGAGUAGCUACACACAAUAACCUGCACAGAAAAAUUUGUAGAUCUUCCAGAAUAUGCACCUAUUCCUUGGAUUGGUACUUCAUGCUAAAAUGUUAAAUUUUAGUCAACCAAUGGCCCGCCUCCGAGCACACCCACUCCGCUGUGAUUGGUCGCACGCCCUAACUAUGAACAAGUAAUAAAUUAAUAAAGUCUUUGGGGAGCUAAUUGAAAAGUUUCUGUGGCAACCUUGUCUGCCCAAGGAAGAGCACUCAUUGUCGGACACACUUUGUCAGUGGUGUUCAUCGGUGUGGUGGAUGCGAGGGCAUUGCAUAGAUGCGCAGGGUGUCCGAAAUUUAUGCACCUUUCCCGGCAGAAGUGCGCUGCUUCUGGCUCCAGCAACAAUUUGGCGGAUAUUUGGCGUUCGUGUUCAGAAAAACAGUUCGGUGUGAAAUGCCCUUGACACAUGAAAAUAUGUUUCUCUUGCCGGGAAUCACCAAAUACAAUAACAUCUAACUGAAUUUGUUUCGGAAACAGAGUGGAGAGAGCUUAUCUGGCUUACAGCCAUGCCCAUAUAAGGAAGUCAGCUCCUCUGUGAUGUCACAAAGGGACAAUUUUACCACGCCUUCUGAAAAUGAGCGUUUUGAUCCAUUCCAAUCUUCACUUUUAAAUGCGCAAACCUCAUUAUAUGAAACUUUGUCAUCGUUUAACAUGAAAAUACAACAUUUUAACAACAUUUAUUAGUCAUAAAAGUAGAAAAAAAGCAUAAUAGGUCCCCUUUAAAUGGCAGAAUCUAACGACUUGCCCCACCACUUAUUGACGUAUAUUUGAUUCCGCUUUGUUUUGUAUGUAAGUGUCGGCUUUUUUUGCGUGGUUGUGUGUAUGCGUACCGGCUGUCCAUUGUCAUGACCUUCACAAGGACACAUAGAUUUUUUUUAAAAAAGUUAAUGUGCAUCGAGAAUAUUUAGUCAAUCUAAAUAAAUUGUACAUUUAAACCGAAGGUGAA